AUGUCUAAAGACAAAGAUGGUGAGGAGCCACUUGGUAUAGGCCUUCAGGUGAUGCUAGCAGCAGCUUUCUCAUUAUUUGGUAUGAUCUUAUUAAUCAUCAUCUUCCAUUUUUGUGUAAAAUAUUUCAUUAGACGCCAACAAAGGAGACGCCAAAACGACCUUCUUUAUCAAAUCAGCACUCAAAUUGCACCAAUUGAUGUGAGUUCUGUGGAGCCACGCAACUCUGGCCUUGACCCUUUGAUCAUAGCUUCCCUGCCUAAGCUCUUGUACAAGCAAACGGACCAAUUCAAGCAAGGUGAAGAAGUUGUAGAGUGCUCGGUUUGCUUAGGCACUAUUGUGGAAGAUACAAUCAGUAGGGUGUUACCAAAUUGUAAGCACAUUUUUCAUGUUGAUUGUGUUGAUAAAUGGUUUAAUUCUAACACCACAUGCCCAAUUUGCCGCACCGUGGUUGACCCAAAGGUGCAACCAGAACAUGGUCAUUUAGGUGCCACACGGCUUCACAACCAAGUCCAACCCACAGCACCACCAGCUGAGGGUGGUGAUGAGCUACCAGAUGGUAAUGAAUUGGAGAGGGUGGGAUGUUCAGGUUUGAGAAUAGGAUCUUUUCAUAGGAUGGUUAGUAACAGGGAAAGAUCCGGGAGAAGGACUCAGAGCUGUGAUGGAUCUACCAUAGUAGAUAUAGAAAGACACUAA